ACCUCAAAUAACCAGGGUUUUUAUAAAUUUCUCUUCAUCUUUUUCUUAUGUAUAGUAUUUUUGUUUAUUUGAUUACUUGUUUGGAAAAAAAAACCCACAUUUUGAGCCAGCUGUGGGGGCAAGUGCCUGUAUUACCAGCUACUGGGGAGAUUGAGACAGGAAGAUGGCUUGAGCCCAGGAGUUCGAGGCUGUGGUGAGCUAUGAUGAUGCCACUGCACUCUAGCCUGUGACAGGGAAGACUCAGGGCGGAGCAAGUUUGGCUGGGAAGAUUAAAAAGUGAAUUUUGGACUUGUUAACUCUGGGAUGACUAUUACAUAUCUAUGUGGAGCUGCUGGGUACGCAGUUAACACUGUAAGUGUGGAACUCGGGAGAGAUUGGAGGUGGAGUUGUCAAUUUGGGUAUUGAGUAUUAUCAAGCUAGGUAAGGAUGGAAAUGAGACUGUGCAUGUCCAUUGCUUUCUAUUUAAUUUACCAUAUGUUUUUUCAUAUCACUCUUCAACAUGAGGGGUGAAGAGUCAGUGGUUCAUACAGCCUGGUGGGAUCAAAGCCAGGGACCAGAGGAAAUUUCCAGUUUUAAACACCCAGGUGAUUCUCAUGCAGGUGGCACAGGGACCAUUCUUUGAAAAGCACUACUGAAGACACCUCCUUUUUUCUUCUUUCAUCUUUGACAAGUCAUGCUUCUGAUGGCUGCUCUUUUUCUAAAUAGGUUAACUCUACAAACCAUAAAGACUGAAAGUAAUUGCAUUAGAAGAUGUUUUGGUAAACACAUUGUGCAAAAGUCAGCACCAGCACAGUUGUUCCCUACUGCUUCUCCCCCAAGGCUGUCCUUCCUAAUUCAUACAAAGGCUUUUAGCACCGUCCAAGACAUCCAGGAUGAGAGAAAAAAGAAAAAAAAGGAUGGAACCACUUUUAGUAACACUGGAAGAAAAAUUAGUGAGCGAAUUAUUCACGUACUUGAUGAGAAGGGCAAUGAUUUGGGAAACAUGCACCGAGCAGAUGUGAUUAGACUCAUGGAUGAGCGAGACCUGAGACUGGUGCAAAGGAAUCCCAGCGCGGAGCCCCCGGAGUACCAGCUCAUGACAGGAGUACAGAUUCACGAAGAGCGACUGCGGCUGAGAGAGAGGGAGAAGGCUAGACCGAAAAUUGGACCAACCCUGACAAAGGAGCUAACUUUUUCUUCAAACAUCGGACAACAUGAUUUGGACACAAAGAGUAAACAAAUUCGGCAGUGGAUUGAGAAAAAAUACAAAGUUCAAAUUACUAUAAAGAAAGGGAAAAAUGCAGAUGAGCCAGAAAAUAAAAUGGAGGAGAUAUUUAAUCAAAUACUCCAGGCUAUGCCUGGAAUGGCUACCUUCUCAUCCAAGCCACAACCGAUCAGAGGAGGAAAAGCGUUAAUGUGUGUUCUUCGUCCUUUAACCACAAAGGAAGAGAACGAAUAUACAGAAACUCAAGAAACCCAGAAAAAAGACACUUUGAACAAAGGAAAUGGAAAUGAUAAAGAAUCAAAUGUUGUACAACUGUGAUUUUAAUAAAGAAAAAUAUGCUUCUGAGAGAA